AACAACUACAUCAUCUAUUAAAAUAUUAACUGAAAUGGGGUUUGAAGAAAUUAGGGAACAGCUUAACUAUCUCCACCAGAGGAGAAACUAUUCUAAGAGAAAGAAUAAAUUUGAAAUAAGUGAAGACAAAGAGAAUCAUGCUAAUAACUCUUCAAUGGGCCCAUUAGAUAGCAAGAUAGAGGCAAAGGCCGUCUCUUCUAAAAGACAGAUUAAUUCUAGAAGGGAGGAGAAGCCAGAGCUUGAAUCCGAUAUAGAGAUGAAGAGAAAAUUCAAAUUUGAUGUAAGCCCCAUUACCAAAAGUCCUUUCCCUUCAUUUAUUGCUGAAAAAGACCCUAAGAACAAGGCUAGAUAUUUACCUCCCUCUAAGCUCAAGAAAGCCCCAACCAACUACCAAGGAAGGAGGACUGUCAAGUUCAGAGACCAAAAUGACUACUCCACAGAGAAUUGAGGACCAAUUAAAAAGGAUAAGAAGCCUCUCCCCAAGAAAAUUAUGUGAGUAACUGAGAUCAUGGUUGAUCUCAGUGAGUCUGAGGCUAGUGCCCUUGAUGACUACGAAGAUACCACAUCACAAGAGAAGCCCCUGUUGUCGAGCAGCAGUGAUAACCACACCAUUGGGUGAAUCUCUUUGAAUGAAACUGCAAUCAAGAAUCCAAGGUCAAAGAACAUGCUUCCCCCGGAUAAAUUGUCAUUCAUCUUCAAUUUCAGAAAAAGGACUCAAAAAGCGAGGGAAAAGGAAGCAGAAGAGAGCAAGGAAAAUAAAAUCUCAAAAUCACUCAUUGACAAGAUUCACAAGCAGAAGGACAUAUUCAGAAUUCCUCAGACCAGAACAUCCAAGAGGAGCCUUGAGUAUAAGCCAGAUACCGCAACGAAGAGCCUAGAGGCCUUAAUCUUUAAGAAAUUCAAUAACAGAAAAUCAGUGAGUAAGAUCCUACAGAAGACAGCCAAGCUUCAGAGAAAUCUUGCACAUAAGAUUAUAGAUGUUCCUAUAGAGAGUCAAGAAACAGGUGAUGCUAUCAGACACUGCAUGAUGAAGAGGAUCAAGGGCUUCCAGACAGCCAGAGCUGAUAACUAUAAAAAGAAGGAACGUACCAGAGAUAGAAUAGAUGCCAGAUUUUUGAAGUUGAAGUACCAACACUCUAGAUAUAAGAGAAAGACAGAAAAUUUUAAUCUAUACUCUUUAGACCAACUUGACUUCCCAGAUGUGAACAAUUUGUUAAAGAAGAAGCUCUUUGAGUACGAAUUUGAUAACGACAUCGAGUCCGAUCACGAUGAGAUUACCAAGACAUGUUAUGUCAGGUUGAAGGACUUGACAAUUUCUCUCAAGGAGCACCUUAAAAUGGGAGACAUGUACGAUAACGAUGAUGAUGACCGAGCAAUUAAAGAACACGUUGGGUACUCAAACUAGAGGCGUUCAGAUCUGAUCUUACAGCACUUUCAUAAUUUCAAAUUUUCCUUAUG